AUGCAUGAUGGAAGUAGACUCAAGCUGGACUCAUCUCCCCAUAGUCUCAGGCGCAAACGCCGGGCUGCGCCAAAUUUCGAUAUCUCCUUCACGGAUUUGAAAGGCCCAGAGAGCUCGGACCGUGGGCUGCUUUUUGAGGCCAAUUUGGAUGACGACGAUGACAAUGAUCUCCCCGAGGGGAUUUUUCCAGUUCUUUCCAAUAAGGCGACUCCCAAAACUGAUUAUUCGAACUCAGCGGUCGACGAUCUCGUUUGCACUCCCCCAGAAAAUACAUCGAAAAAAACUGGACCUGAAUAUUGCGAAACAUCCCCUGUUUCCCCUGCCAACGUGUCUCUGACACGACCUUCGAAGAAGCGGAAGGUAGACAACGAAGUUAUGACAGAUGAUCAAGAACUCACUGCUCUAUUUUGCCAGACAUCCGAACAAGACCAGCCUGGCCAUUUUGAAGACUCUGUUGUUUCCGUAGAGUCCCCACGCAAGCCUCAGCUCACACCCAUGAAACCGAUUCCGGACUCGCUCAAGGAUGGCGCUUGUCAGACUCGUUUAGUUUUGGACGUUCAUUCACCGGGUGGCGGUGACUCGAAUGACGAUGAAUUCACAGAAUUGGAUGCUUGGCUUCAGAGUGGGUCUGUUCGGAUUGUGUAG